CCUGUCCUCCUCUUCCUCCUCCUCCUCCUGACUCUCACAGAGGGCACUACCCUCCUCCCUACCACUAAAGACAUUUCCAUCGUCCUCCCCUGCUCCCCCCAUCCGGACACGACCACCACCACCUCCUCCGCCUCCUCCUCCUCCUCUUCCACUGUAACAUGUCGGGACAGUCUUUGACGGACCGGAUCGCCGCCGCGCAGCACAGCAUGACCGGCUCUGCCAUCAGCAAAGCCGUCUGCAAGGCCACGACGCAUGAAGUCAGCGGACCCAAGAAGAAACACCUUGACUACCUGAUCCACUGCACCAAUGAGCUGAACGUCAGCAUCCCCCAUCUGGCAGACACGCUGCUGGAGCGCACGACAAGCAACAGCUGGAUAGUGGUUUUCAAAGCGCUCAUCGCCACACACCACCUCAUGAUGUACGGCAGCGAGAGAUUGAUGCAGUACCUCGCCUCCAGAAACACGCUCUUCAACCUCAACAACUUUCUAGAUAAAGCUGCUCUGCAAGGGUAUAACAUGUCAACUUUCAUCAGACGCUACAGUCGAUAUCUGAAUGAAAAAGCCAUGUCCUACAGACUAGCAGCAGUGGACUUCACCAAGAUGAAGAGAGGGGCUGACGGUGUGAUGCGAACCAUGAACACAGAGAAGCUCAUCAAGACUUUGCCCAUCAUACAGAACCAGCUGGAUGCACUGCUAGAUUUUCAGCCAAACUCCAACGAGCUGACCAAUGGAGUGAUCAACACAGCAUUCAUGCUGUUGUUUAAAGACUCCAUACGGCUGUUUGCUGCUUAUAACGAGGGUGUCAUCAACAUGUUGGAGAAAUACUUUGACAUGAAGAAGAAUCAGUGCAAAGAAGCGUUGGAGAUCUACAAGACCUUCCUGAACAGAAUGACUAAACUAUCUGAGUUUCUCAAAGUGGCAGAGCGAGUUGGGAUAGAUCAGGGCGACAGCCCCGAUCUCACACAGGCUCCCAGCUCCCUCCUGGAGGCUUUGGAGCAGCAUCUUGCUUCCCUGGAAGGCAGGAAGCUCAAAGACCUGUCUACUGCCAGCAGAUCCAGCACCUUGUCGAGCACAGUGUCGUCCCUCUCCAGUGCUGGCAUCUCUCUCAGCCACAUGGAUGACAAGACGGAGGACAACCGGCUGCAGCAACAUAAGGAGGACGGUCACAAAGUGAUGGACAUACAGACGCCUACUGUUUCGCCCAGCACCCAGUCGGUGGGCAGUGCCAACAGCAGCGGAGGGGCCACAGAUCUCUUCUCAAGCUCACCCAGCGUAUCCAUCAAUAACCAUGUGCCAAACCUGAGCGGAGAGUUGUUCGCCCUGCAGCCCAGCUUCACCCCCAUCCAGACCACACACACUGUGCCCAACAACAGCAAUGCAUGGGGAGGAGACCUGCUAAAGCCUUCCCCACUUACUCAGAUUCACAGCCCUGGAGCUCCAUUACACUCUGGUAAAAUGCUGCCCAAUGAUUUGGAUUCUUCACUAGCAAACUUGGUCGGGAACCUGCAGUUUGGGGGCACACCAGCCAAAAAGCCAGAGUUCCAGUGGAACCAGAUAGUGGAGAAGAAACCCACAGGAGGGAGUGGCUGGCAGUCAAAGACUAUGUGUACCAACACCAACUGGACUCAUGCUGCUCAUCACAUGGCACCUGCACCCAUGGCGGUCCCUCAGAUGAAUGGGAUGAUCUAUACGGGAUAUGCUCCAGCACCAGUGGCUUUUCCUAUGACGACACCCCAAGUGCCUGUGUAUGGAAUGCUCCCCCCUCAGAUGAGUCAUCAAAUGGGGGGCGUUCAAAUGUUACCCCCACAGCCUGUCAUGUACAACCAGCCUGUCCUGAGACCCACCAAUCCUUUUGGACCCAUCCCUGGUACACAGAUGCACUUCAUGUAGAGAUGAUGUUGUAACCAUAGCAGCAAAGCUGAGAGAAAAGAGGCAAGAGAAAGAGAUCGAAA